AUGAGUCUCCGCGACCUGGUCGAUGGCGAGGCCAUGAUGGACGAUGAUGAGAACGAUGAGGAGGUGGCCGAUGACUUUGACAACGAGGUCCGCGAGGGUGCAGGCACCGCCAACCACUACAACGACUCGAGCGAAGAAGAUGACGAGGAAGAGGAUGACGAGGAGGCUGCUCGUGCUGUCCGGGAAGGAUUCAUUGUUGACGAAGACGAAGAGAUCGAUGACCGCCGACGCCAUCACAAGGGAAAGCGAUCACGUCCCCGCGAAGAGGAGCAUCUGGACGAGGAAGAUCUGGAGCUCAUUGGCGAGGUUGUGCCCGGUCUCAGUCGCAGUUCAGCUUCGGAGAACAAAUUCAAGCGCCUCAAGCGUGGAAAGGACCGUGACAACCGCCAACAAUCCCAAGGUAUUGACGCUAUCUUCAACUCGGACGAUGAGGAGGAGACCGAGCAAUACCGACCCACCGGUGGGCGCAACAUUCGCGACGAGUUCGAUGACUUCAUUGAGGAAGAUACAUUUUCGGAUGAAGAAGGUCAGCGCGAGCGAGAUGACCUGGAAGUUGCGCCUGCCGCCCGAGGAGCCAUCCCUGGUCUCGGUGCCUCCGAAGUGGCCGGCCUGGAUGAAAACGCGCUGGAGGAUAUGCGCGCUGCAUUCGGUGAUGGCACAGAGUACACAUUCGCCCUUGAUAUCGAGGAUCAAGAAGAAGAAGACAAGCUUGCAGAAGAACGACACUUGGAUUUGAAGGAUGUCUUCGAACCAUCAGAAUUGGCAGAGCGCAUGUUGACAGAGGAGGACAACGAGAUUAGGGGCAUUGACGAACCUGAGCGCCACCAAAUUGCACGCAAGCCAUACAAACACGUUGUUCUCACAGAAGACCAGUUUAGGGAGGAGGCCAUCUGGAUCUCGAAUCAAAUGAUCCCAAGGAGGGCAGUUGCGCCGGAGCUUUGCGAGCCAUUCCAACGUUCCGUGGCCAAGAUGCUGGAAUUCUUGGUCACGGACGACUGGGAGGUCCCGUUUAUCUUCCAACACCGGAAAGAUCACAUGAUUCAUGCCGUCAAGGAGCCCAUCAACGGCGGAGACCCCAACGAUGAGUCCCCGCAAUACAGACUUCAUACCGACAAGCUCCUACACAUGUCGGAUCUGUGGGAGAUCUUUGACUACGACCUUAAGUUCCGCUCGUUCGUUGACAAACGCACCACAAUUCAAAGUUCUUUUGACGGCCUGCGGAGUCUCUUCGGUAUCGAAGACAGUAACGUCGAGGAUGCAUUGGUUGUUGCGGCCACCAUGGAGGAGCUGCAGGACGUGUCGGACUACAUUCAUUUCCAAUACGCUUCCCAACUGCGAGAUAUGUCGGCAGUGAACGGCGAAGCAAACGGCGGCCACCAGCGACGCAAGGCCACCAGCAAGACUUUAUAUGAGCGGGUUCGCAAUUCCAAGGCGUAUGGAUUAGUGCGUGCCUUCGGUAUUUCCGCCCAUGACUUCGCACAAAACGCUUCAAAGGAAGGCCGUCGGCAAUACACGGAAGACCCCAGCGAGGGCCCAGAGCAAUUGGCGGAUCAGUUUGUUGACGAAGAUUUCGCGAGCUCUUCACAUGUUCUGAAGGCUGCAAAGUCGAUGUUCACUGAAGAGCUUGCCCUGAACCCGAAGAUGCGCAAGGUUCUGCGACAGGUAUACUACCAGACCGGAGUAGUCGAUUGUCACCGCACGGAGAAGGGUCUUCGUCGAAUUGAUGAACACCAUCCUUACUACGAAUUCAAAUACCGGAGGAACCUACAACUCACCGAUAUUGCGGUCCAGCCUGAGCUGUUCCUGCGCAUGUUGAAGGCCGAGGAGGAAGGCCUCGUGCAGGUCAACGUGCGAUUUCAGAAUUUCGACGAAACCCGCCAGCGUCUGUACAAAGACAUCGAGUCCGACAACAUCUCAGAGGUUGCCGACGCUUGGAAUGCUCUCCGCCGUGAAGCGCUAGACGCUGCCCUGGUCAAGCUCGAGCGUUCGCUUAAUCGCGGCCUGCGGGAGAACCUUCGCCAAGAGUGUGAAAAGUCGGUUAUCAACGACUGCCGCGAGACAUUUGGUUCGCGCCUGGACCAAGCCCCUUACAAGCCCAAGGGAAUGGUGCUGGGCACAGUGCCACGUACCCUUACCCUAACCUAUGGAGACGGCGAUACUAAGAAACCCAUCUAUUGGGCCUAUACGGAGGAAGAUGGCCGUGUACUCGAGAGUGGAAAGUUCAAAAGCUUGACUCCCGGCGAUAAAAACCGUGGAGUCAACGACGCUGAACAUGUGGCUGCCUUCGUGGACUUGGUGGAAAGACGAAAGCCGGAUGUCAUUGGCGUGUCUGGUCUGUCUUUGGACACCCGGUACCUUUACAAGGACCUGACGGAGCUGGUUGAGUCGAAGGAUCUUCGCGGGGCGCCGUACACAGAUGAGCGCGACCAAGAAACUAGUGACAUCCUGGAAGUGGUCGUGGUCAAUGACGAAGUCGCUCGCCUCUACUCCAACAGCUCUCGUGCCGAAAAAGAUAACCCCGGUUUUGACCGCUGGACUCAUUACUGUGUGGCUUUAGGACGAUAUCUGCAGUCACCUCUGAAGGAAUAUGCUUCUCUCGGCAAGGACCUCCUCGCCAUCCCUUUUAAGCCAGGUCAGCAACUAGUGUCUCAAGAUUUACUACAAAAGCAGUUCGACACGGCUUUGGUCGAUAUGGUCAACUUGGUGGGAGUGGAUCUCAACGAAGCUGUCAACGAUCCAGCGACUGCCAGUCUUCUCCCUUAUGUCUGUGGACUGGGGCCUCGAAAGGCAGCCCACCUCCUCAAGAUUAUCAACAUGAAUGGCGGCAGUGUGAACAACCGCGUUGAGCUACUGGGUGUCAAUGCCCAAUACCCUGCCAUGGGUGUCAAGGUCUGGAACAACUGCGCCAGCUUUGUGUUCAUUGACUUUGAGAACGCCGACCCUGAUGCCGAUCCCCUGGAUAAUACUCGUGUGCAUCCAGAAGACUACGAUAUCGCGCGGAAAAUGGCCGCCGAUGCUCUCGAGCUGGACGAAGAGGAUAUCAAGACCGAGACCGAUGAGAACGGCAGCGGUGCUAUUGUGCGAAAGUUAUUCCGCGAAGAGCAGCAGGAUCGCGUCAAUGACCUGAUACUGGAGGAGUAUGCCGAACAGCUGGAGAAAAACCUUAACCAGCGCAAGCGUGCGACGCUCGAGACCAUCCGAGCGGAAUUGCAACAGCCUUAUGAGGAAUUGCGCAAACAAUUCGUCAUGAUGAAUAGCGAUGAUAUCUUCACGAUGCUGACAGGUGAGACCUCCGAGACGCUAGCACCUGGCACAGUGGUGUCAUUCUCCAUUCACCGGGUAUACGAUGAUCAUCUCGAUGGCAUACUGGAAUGUGGGCUUUCAGCGCUGGUGUCAGAGAGCGAGCUUGGUCUAUCCCAUGAUCUAUUACCGACCCAAGUCUUUGAAAGGGGUGACAUUCGCAAGGCUACGAUUAUCUUCGUCAACAAGAAGACUUUCUCUUGCAAUGUGAGCCUACGGCCAGGCGCGGAGAAGAACUAUCCUCGUCGCAGAGCCGAUCUUGAUUACGAAGAAUGGGACGCAGAGCAGGAACGAAAAGACCAAGAGUCCUUGAAGGAGACGAAAGAGCAGGGCGGCCAGGCGCUGCGUGUCAUUAAGCACCCUCUCUUCAGACCUUUCAACUCCGUCCAAGCGGAGGAAUACUUGGGCUCCCGCGCCCGCGGCGACGUAGUGAUUCGCCCCUCAUCUCGUGGAAAGGAUCACCUGGCCGUCACCUGGAAGGUAUCGCAAGGGGUCUACCAGCACAUCGACGUGUUGGAGCUGGACAAAGAGAAUGAUUUUUCUGUGGGCCGUAUCUUGAAGGUCGCAGGCAAAUACACAUACAGCGAUCUGGACGAUCUGAUCGUCAACCACGUCAAGGCGAUGGCCCGCAAGGUUGAAGAGAUGAUGCUCAACGAGAAAUUCCAGGACGGCAGCAAGGCCGAGACCGAUCAAUGGCUCGAGACUUACACCAAGGCUAAUCCGCGUCGCUCGGCUUACGCCUUCUGUAUCAACACCAAAUACCCCGGUUACUUCUACCUCUGCUUCAAGGCAGGCGAGCACUCCAGGGUUCAGAACUGGCCGGUCAAGGUGAUUCCGCAAGGCUACGAACUGCAGAGAAACCCAUACACCGAUAUGCAGAACCUCUGCAACGGCUUCAAGCUGCUAUUCAAGAACGUGCAAAGUCGGCAGUGA